AUGGGGAGCUCUGAAGGGGUGGGGGCAUCGUCGACUCAAUACGGUAUCACGAAGCCCAUUUCGACGGCUGGGCCAACGGUUUCUGAUUUGCAAAGAACUAUUGAGUUAGAAAAGUUUCUCGUUGUCUCGGGACUUUAUGAGAAUAAAGAAGAAACUGCUAAGAGAGAAGAGGUUCUUCACCGACUUGAACAGAUAGUAAAAAAAUGGGUGAAGCAACUUACGCGCCUAAGGGGAUACACCGAUCAAAUGGUGGAAGAUGCAAAUGCUAUUAUUUUUACUUUUGGUUCUUAUCGGCUUGGUGUUCAUGGUCCUGGGGCUGACUUAGACACAAUAUGCAUUGGACCUUCCUAUGUGAAUCGGGAGGAGGAUUUUUUCUACACAUUGCAUGAUAUCCUAGCUAACAUGGAGGAAGUCACCGAAUUGCAACCAAUUCCGGAUGCUCACGUCCCAGUUUUGAAAUUCAAGUUUGAUGGAAUAUCAAUAGACCUCCUUUAUGCCAGUAUUUCUCGCUUGAUUGUACCUGAAGACUUGGUUAUUUCUGAUGUCUCCGUUCUACACAAUGUUGACGAGCCUACUGUGCGAAGUUUGAAUGGCUGUAGAGUUGCAGAUCAAAUUCUGAAGCUUGUUCCUAAUGUUGAGCACUUUCGCACAACACUUCGGUGCCUGAAAUUUUGGGCCAAAAGGCGAGGCAUUUAUUCCAAUGUGACAGGUUUUCUUGGUGGUGUUAACUUGGCACUUCUUGUAGCUAGAGUGUGCCAGUUGUAUCCAAAUGCAGUUCCAAGUAUGCUUGUUUCUCGAUUCUUUAGGGUAUAUACACAGUGGCGGUGGCCAACUCCUGUCAUGUUAUGUCCAAUAGAGGAAAAUGAACUUGGUUUUUCUGUUUGGCAUCCCCGCAAUCCUCGUGACCGAUCCCAUCUCAUGCCAAUUAUUACGCCUGCCUAUCCCUGUAUGAAUUCUAGUUAUAAUGUUUCUACUAGCACACUUCGUGUUAUGAUGGAACAGUUCCAAUUUGGCAACAAAAUCUGUGGGGAUGUAGAACUGAAUAAAGGUUGUUGGAAGGCUCUGUUUGAACCUUAUGGGUUUUUUGAAAGUUAUACAAACUACUUGCAAGUUGACGUAGUUGCUGCUGAUGUUGAUGACUUGCGCAAUUGGAAAGGUUGGGUGGGAUCACGCCUUCGGCAGCUGACUUUGAUGAUUGAGCGGGACACUUUUGGGAAGUUGCAGUGCCAUCCCUUUCAUCAAGAGUAUACAGAUACCUCAAGGCAGUGUGCACAUUGUGCAUUCUUUGUUGGUUUGCAGAGGAAGAAAGGAGAGUUAGUUCAGGAAGGUCAACAAUUUGAUAUACGAGGAACAAUUGAAGAAUUUUUGCAUUCGGUUAAUAUGUAUAUGUUCUGGAAACCAGAGAUGGAGAUUUAUGUUUCUCAUGUUCGUAGAAGGCAAAUACCAUGCUAUGUGUUUCCUGAUGGUUAUAAACGAAUGCGACCAUCAAGGCCAACGUCAAAAUCUAACAAUCAUAAAUCAUUUCAUAAAGAUGAGGUUGCUGGGACUGAACAUGUUGAGAGAAUUCGUAAGAGGAAGAACAUUGAUGGGUUGGGUGUCAUCGAGGAUGCUACACUGAAAAAGCAAUGUACUAGUCCUCCUGAAGAUAGAAGGGCAAGUCGCAGUGGCCUUCAUACUGGUCGUUCGUCUGUUAAUGCUGUGUCUGAUAGUCAACAUUUGAGAAAUAUGGAGUGUAAUCAUUUGUCAAACAGUGGGCAAGAGUUGGAAAGGACAGAGUCUCCUGAGUCUACCUCUAAUUCGAGUGGGAUUGCUUCUGUUACAAGUGAUAGUGGUUCUUCUGAAGAUAUUGGAGCUGUAUCUGUGUCAGGUUGUCUUGAAGAUAGCAGCAGAAGUGUUGAUAUGAUGAACAAUAAUGGCAGGUUUGAGAGUAGUACUUGUGGGAACAAUUCUAUGAAGCUGGUGAAAAACAGAGUGACAAGUGGUCAUGAAGUAUUUCAACACGAGCUACAGGAGCAGUUGCAGCAAAAUGCAAUGCUAGGGAUGGUUCUUGAUUCUACAGGAAAGGUUCAUUUAGAGGCUGUGCAACGACCGUGUGAAGGAGCAGUAAGCUUGCUUGGCCAUUCAAGCAUGCAAAUUGCAACUGAUCCGCAUCAAGCUGAAGAGCUGGAGCUAGUUAGGGGGCGAGCGUGGGGGAUUGGGUUGGGUUGGCUAGUGUUUCCUAGCAGAGGAGGUUCGUCGAACGAACCUACAUUUAGGUGUAGUGAUACCGUUAUGCAUGAUACAAAGGCAAACACUUGGUUGCGCGUUAAAGCCGAUCAAGAAAGCAAUAUGAGGAAGGUGGUGGUGUGUGCGACGGUGAUUGGAGCCGCGACGGCUUGCGCGGUGGGUGCGGUGGCGGUGCAGAGGUACGUGAGGAAAUGUCGACAAUGGGGAAGAGCGAUGGAAAUAUUACAGGAAUUGGAGGAGAAGUGUGCGACGCCGACGUGGAAGCUGAAGCUGGUUGCGGAUGCCAUGAACGUGGAGAUGCACGCUGGCCUUGCUUCUGAAGGUGGUAGCAAGCUCAAGAUGCUCAUCACUUACGUUGAUAAGCUCCCAACUGGGAAUGAGAAAGGACUAUAUUAUGCAUUGGACCUUGGAGGGACUAAUUUUCGGGUGUUACGUGUGCAAUUGGGAGGCAAGAAUGGUGGUAUCAUUAGUCAAGAAUUUACUGAGGUGUCAAUUCCUCCCAAUCUGAUGGUUGGGACAUCAGAUGCACUCUUUGACUAUAUUGCAGCAGAACUUGGAAAAUUUGUUGCCCAAGAGAAUCAAGAUUUUCAAGUUCCUCCCGGUAGACAGAGAGAGAUAGGUUUUACCUUUUCCUUUCCUGUCAUGCAAACUUUAAUUAAUUCUGGGACUCUAAUCAAGUGGACAAAAGGCUUCAACGUAGAAGACGCUGUAGGUAAAGACGUUGUGUCAGCAUUAAUGAAAGCCAUUCAGAAACAAGGCCUUGAUAUGCACGUAACUGCUCUGGUCAACGAUACAGUAGGGACAUUAGCAGGAGGCCGAUACACAAACAACAAUGUCAUUGCUGCUAUUAUUUUAGGUACCGGAACAAAUGCUGCCUAUGUGGAGCGUGUUCAAGCAAUACCAAAAUGGCAUGGUCCUUUGCCAGAUUCGGGUGAAAUGGUUAUCAACAUGGAGUGGGGUAACUUUCGCUCAUCACACCUUCCAUUAACUGAGUAUGAUCGUGCACUAGAUGCUGAGAGUUUAAACCCCGGUGAACAGAUUUUUGAAAAGAUAAUUUCGGGCAUGUACUUGGGAGAAAUUGUUCGAAGAGUAAUAUGCAAAAUGGCCGAAGAAGCUUUACUUUUUGGCGACCAUGUUCCCCCAAAAUUAAAAGAGCCCUUUAUGUUAAGGACACCUGACAUGUCUGCUAUGCAUCAUGAUUCCUCUGCUGAUCUCAAUGUAGUUGGAAGCAAACUGCAGAACGUCUUCGAGAUAUCUGAUACUUCAUUGGAAGUACGGAAGGUGGUUGUACAUAUCUGCAAUAUUGUUGCUACCCGUGGUGCUCGUCUCUCUGCAGCUGGUAUCUUAGGUAUCUUGAAGAAAUUAGGAAAAGACACUCUGAAUGAUGUCGAGGGUGAGAAAAUUGUGAUAUCCAUGGAUGGUGGAUUGUACGAGCACUACACUGAGUAUAGCAAGUGCCUAGAGAAUACCGUUAAAGAAUUGGUUGGUGAUGAUGUCUCAGAAAGUAUUAUAAUUGAGCAUUCCAAUGAUGGUUCAGGAAUUGGUGCAGCCCUUCUUGCAGCCUCUCACUCCCAGUACCUUGAUGGUUUGACUAGAACCAAGAAAGAGAUGAAAAAGUUAUUGAGUAGAGUGCCAUCAAGGCAAGGCAAGGCAAAGUCAUUUGCUAGCUUACUGUGUCAAGGGCAUGAGGAAUAUAUUUAUGAGGGGUCAGCGCUGCAAGGCUUGCAUUGCUUUACUUCCUAUGCUAAACAACCUAACUUUGUUGCUUCAGGUUGCGUGCGCGAUGCUCUAAUUUCACUCUUUGUUUUGGUAAUGUUAGGCAAAAGGGAAUCUCACUAG